CGCCAUGUCGUUACCACUUCUCUCUGUGCGAGCAAACCUAUCCUCGUCAGCGCUGGGUAGCAGCUUGAGGCACUCAGCUUCUGGAAGGUGUGUCAGAAACGUGGUGUGUUCUAGUUUCAGGCGCCGUCGCAGCAGCGGCGACAGCAAGUGCAACCGCCCGCCUACAAGUUGGAGCAGACGAGGUCGAGCUUCUUCAGCGGUGAUGGUCACAAGGAGUCAAGCUCCAGCACUAUUGCAGUCACGGCAACUAUCUUCGGCAGCAUCGGCAGCAGCACCAACAGUACUGUUUGGGGACACCAUCAUCGUCACGAAGCGUUGCGCCGAGGUUAAACGAGCUCAGAGAGGCCAAGACGCAGCCGGACCUGAAGCUCCGGCUUUCGGUGGAGGGGGGGGGGUGCUCGGGGUUUCAGUACAAGUUCUCCUUGGAAGACGCGGCGGGGGCAGCGAGUUUGAACGGGAUGGGGCCGUGCUGGUUGUGGACGCCACCUCGCUCGAGUUCGUCAAAGGCGCAACGGUGGACUUUGAGGAAGACAUGAUGCGAAGCGCGUUCGCCGUGCUCAACAACCCGGUGUCGGAGAGCGCGUGCGGGUGCGGCAGCUCCUUCGCCCUCAAGAAUUUCGAAAAGAACCCCGCACUCGACUGAACGACUCCGCCGUCAGCGGCUCUUG